AUGAAGUUGGGUGAGAGGACUUGCGAUGGGAGCGGGCUGAAAAUAAGUGCAGUUAAAAAAGGAUAUACAAAGUGCAAUAUUAGUAGUGAAAUAAUGUCGCGAAAUCAAUUGCCGGAUUCGUCCUCAUCGCCGCCCAUUAGCCACUUACCCUUUCACAACUUUGAUGAUGACUUGAUCAAUGAUUUGCCGUCCUGCAUUUAUGCUGGCCAGCAUCAAGGAGGGAGUGCCGCAGGAGGUGGAGGUGCUGGCGGGUCAGGAGGUGGCAGUGGUAACUCAGGGCUGCGUCUGAGCUCAAAUAAUCUGCGCCACAUCCAGCAGCAUUAUCUGCAGCACAGCGGAGAGAACCUUCUGGAUUCCUCAACCAGUUCCAUGGGAGUGCACAAUUCCGGCGGUGGAGCACCCUUGAUGUGCAACAGUCCCAGUGCCAGCAGCAGCGGAGGAGGAGGAGGCUGUGGCAACGGAGGAUCAGGCACUCCGGGCGGAGUAGGUGGCAGUGGCCCCAAUCCUGGAUACGGUUCCGUGAGCGCAGCAUCUGCGUCCAGCUACAAAAUGCAGCGACAGGCGGCCAAUGUGCGGGAAAGGAAACGCAUCCAGAGUAGCAUCAAUUCCGCCUUCGACGAGCUGCGGGUCCAUGUGCCCACCUUUCCGUACGAGAAGCGUCUGAGCAAGAUCGACACCCUGCGACUGGCCAUAGCAUACAUAUCGCUGCUGCGUGAAGUGCUCCAAACCGACUACGAUCCGCUGACCUACGUGGAGAAGUGUCUGCGGGGCGAAAUCAAAGCUGAUCGCGCCAAUUGGAAUACGAGUGAUCUCACAGCCCGCUUGUCCUGGAUCAACUGGGAGAAUCUGGGUGUCCAUCCUGGUCGCAGAACAUUGCUCACCUCUCUGGCGUUGUCCUCGGAGCCCAUGUGCGGUGCUCAUUGUGGAAUGCCAUGAAGUCAUAGUCCUAGACCGAUUUAUUAUGGAAUACCCAGCGCUGAAAGCAAUGCCCCUCAAACUUAUGAUCUUCCCUUUGAG